AUGAAUAUGUUUUAUAUUUCCUUUCAGUUUAUGAAUGGUUAUGAAAUGUCAUCUCAAAAAUCUGUAUAUUGUUUCAUUGUUUAAAUACUAAUGUGUAUUAUUGUUUUUAUUAUCUUUUACAGAAGUAAAAGAUCUUUUUAAUAUAUUUGCUUGAAUUUAAUUAUGUUUGGAUAUAAUUAAUAAAUGUACAAUUAUGACAUUAUUGAUUUAUGUGCCCAUGUGUAGGUGAGGGUGCCUAUAUUAGUCUUGUUCCAGUGCUUAAUAAUUCUCUCGGCGGCCCUGGGUGUUUAGUCUAAUUUUAAUGUAACUCGUUGCCUAAUCUUUUUGUGUUAACCACCCAGGGUCAUGGGCAGCCUUAUAAAUUUAUAAACAAAUUCAAUCAGCUAGUAGUUAAAAAUAAAGUAGUCAUUUAACUUCAGUUGUACUUUCAGUGGAUUAAUAUAAUGCUACUGCCAUAGCAGGAAGCUUGGCUAUGGAACAUCUUCCCGACAUCAAAGGGUUAAGGACAAAGAUCCAUUGCUGAAGAGGAAAAAAAAAGAAUGCCACCACCUAUUCCAAAGCCCUGCAAUUUUUUUUUCUUUUGAAGUCCAUUUAGAUCUUUGUUCUCUUGCGACAUUUUACCAGACUAUAAAGAAAAGUUCAAAGGAGUUGGAGCACUUGACUCUCUUUAAUCUUUGUCAGACUUUGGACUGGUUGGUCAGGUUUAUUUAUAAACCAGGGACAAAUGACAAGAAUGUAUUUCACUGAUUGAAGGUAUUCAACCCACUUCUCAGCUACAUGAGGCUUCUGAGCAAGAGGAGACAGCACUGAACAAAAGGAAUGGCUGGAGAAAAUACAAUCCUCUCUCUUGAGCUGAAAGAGAAAGAAGGCUUGGACAACAAUGGCUUUCUUCAGGCUGAAGAGCUGGAUGCCAAAGAAGCAGCUGAGGAAGGGUCACCAAGGGCUGGUCCUCUCGUCAUGGAAAUAGAAGCACAGGAUGGAUUAACUCAGCAGCCUUAUGCAGGAAUGCCCAAAGAGGUGCUCCUUCAGUACUCCACAAAGGCAUGCUAUAGGAUUACCAGAGAGAUACUCUUCUGGUUGAUCAUUGCAGCUUCACUGGUGCUUGUGGCAGCUACGGUCACAAUCAUUGCCUUGUCCCCCAAAUGCCUUGAUUGGUGGCAAGCCAGCUCCAUUUAUCAGCUCUAUCCACGGUCAUUUAAAGACACGGACAAAGAUGGGAACGGUGAUCUCAAAGGUAUCCAGGAAAAACUAGAACAUAUACAGUAUCUUAAUAUAAAAACUGUUUGGAUCACAUCUUUUUAUAAAUCAGCCCUAAAAGACUCUGGAUAUGGAAUAGAGGAUUUUGAAGACAUAGAUCCAAUCCUUGGAAGCAUGAAGGAUUUUGAAGAUCUGGUUGCAGCAAUCCACGAUAAAGGUUUAAAAGUGAUAAUGGACCUAAUCCCCAAUCAUACUAGUGACAAGCACAAGUGGUUUCAGCUUAGUCGGAAUCGGACUGGAAAAUAUACGGAUUAUUACAUCUGGCAUGACUGUGCUCAUGUCAAUGGGAUCACCACUCCUCCAAAUAACUGGAUGAGUGUCUUGGGAAAUUCCAGUUGGCAGUAUGAUAUUGUGAGGAACCAAUGUUAUUUUCAUCAGUUUGGAAAAGAACAGCCAGAUUUAAAUUUUCGUAAUCCUAAUGUUCAGGAAGAAAUGCAUGAUAUUAUUCAGUUUUGGCUUGGCAAAGGAGUCGAUGGAUUUAGCAUCAGUUCUCUUAAAUUCCUCUUAGAAGCAACACAUCUGAGAGAUGAGCCACAAGUGAAUAAAAGUCUCCCGCCGGAAAACAUCACAGCUUAUUCUGAACUGUAUCAUGACUACACCACGACCCAAGUCGGCUUGCAUGAUAUAGUCCGCAGUUUUCGGCAUACCAUGAAUAAGUUCAGCAGUGAACCUGGUAGAUACAGAUUUAUGGCUACAGAAACCAUUGAGAACAACAUUGAAGAAACGAUGUUGUAUUAUGGGACAUCAUUUAUUCAAGAAGCUGAUUUUCCUGUAAAUUUUCACCUCAAGAACUUGGAAUCAGUUUCAGGAAAUGAUAUUUCUGAAAGUAUAGCUUUGUGGAUGAAGAAUAUGCCACAAGGAAAAUGGCCAAAUUGGAUGGUUGGAGAUUCCAACACUGCUAGAAUAUCCUCUCGGAUUGGAAAAGAAUAUAUAAAUGUCGUAAACAUGCUUCUUUUAACCCUUCCUGGAACACCUGUAAGUUAUUAUGGUGAAGAAAUAGGAAUGGAAGAUGCAACUUCAGAAACUAUUCAACAAAAUUACCCAAAUUCCACACUCAAUUUGUACCGAGAACUCAAUUCCCUUCGGUCCAGUGAGCUUCCCAUUCACAGGGGAUGGACGUGUUACAUAUGGAAUGAUACCAAUGUCUUUGUUUAUGUAAGAGAACUUGAUGGGUUGGAUCAAGUGUUUAUGAUGGUUCUAAAUUUUGGAAUGGGAACCAUAACAAAUCUGCAAUCUUUGGUUCCUGGCAUUCCUUCAGAAGCUAAUAUAAAGCUAAGCACCAUUUUCAGUAAUACUGGGAAAGUUGUAAACAUGAAAACAAUUGAAACGCAAAAAGGUGAAGGACUUGUAUUGGAAUAUAGGACAAGCAAACCACUCCAUAUGAUGGACAAUUUCAAAGAGAAGUGCUUCGUUGCAGAAAAGGCAUGCUAUUCCAGUGCCUUUAAUUUACUUUACACAUACUGUUAAAUGUCAUUAUUAAUUAGUCUAAAUCCAUUAGUUGAUGAUUUACAUGUUACUUCUUUACAAAAGGUAUGCCAGCUUGUUCAUAAGAUUUCUAUAGGCUAGAUCUAAUUCUAAUGGGAGAAUUAGAAUUACCUAAGAAGUCCAAAAAUUAACUCUCUCUAGUAGUUACAAUGGACUGUUUACUGUACUUAGCUUAAAUGGUUGCUUGUAAAAUUACUUUCCUAUUAAUUGUAAGCCUUUUGAGAACCAUUCUAGCUGGCUUUCCUAGUUCCUCCAAUUCUUACAUUCUAUGAAAUUGUGUGUUUCUAUUAAAUAUGUACCUUACAUUUUGUUUCUUAUCUAAUGCAGGGAUAAAGAUCUGAUGGUAGGUUUAAACUUUAAAAUAAGAAAAAUAAUUUCUCAUAUAAUAUUAAUAUUACAUUGGAUUCUAUAAUAUGCUCUAGUCUAGAUAAACCUGACUUUCAGGACAAUCUGCAAACAUGGACUGGUCCAGACUGCAGGUGCUAGGAUUCUUGAAGAAUAGAAGGCACUGGAAUAUACCAAUUCAAUCCUGCACUUGUCAGCUUCUUUCCAGGUUCACUUCAGGGUGUGUGUUUGAUCUUUAAAUCAAAGAGCAACAAGAUACAAUAUAGUUUUAUUUCUCUCUCUGCAAGCACUAUUCUGGUAUAGAUAAUAUUUCCUUGCAUUCCACUCAACAGCAGAGAAAGGGUUGUUUCACUUGUUGGCCAUAGAUUUUAGAAUAACUUUCCUAAAAAGAACUUAGGCUUCACUGCCUGUUUUUCAGUAAAUGAUGAAAAUAAUUUUAUUGAAGCAUUGCUUUAAAUUGAUCAGUUUUAACUACUGAUUUUUAGCCCCUUAAUUUGGUUGUAUUUUCUGCUUUCUGCUUAUUGCUUACGAGCCAUUUGCAUAUAUUUCAAUAUAGGAAAGGAAGACAAAUUCAAACAAACAAUAAUUUUAUUGAGGUGAACAAAACCGUCUGAACUUGGAGAAGUGUCUUGUCUUUUCUUCAGGCAAACACCGGAUAAAUUUAGUUUCCAAAAUAAGUUAAAAAGUUCUCAAGAAGUCACUUCGGCAGGUAAUAUUUAGCUGAAUCGUUUUCCUUUCUUUUGCAAAAAGGACAAAAAUUCCAGCCUGGCUUUACUCCUGCUUGUCAAGUCCAACCUCACUAUAUAGAAAUGCUAGUUGUGUUGCAACCUAAAAAAAAAAAAAAG